UAUCAGGUGCAAUCCUUGAAAAGAGUCAAAGCAACCUUACUCUAGAGACUUUUAUAGCAACUUGCAAUUGCCUUCAGAUAAAUGAAGCAAGUUUUGUUCUCCCUCUUACUCCUGCUUUUUUCUUCAUUACAUUCAACCACAUCAUUAGCACAAGCACCUGAUGCAGCCCCUAAAGCCCCAGCAAAACCAAUUGUCCCAACACUACCCCAAUCACCAUCUUCUGAUCCCUCUGAUUCUUCCACUGAUGACAUCAUCACAAUUUUGAGAAAGGCCAAAUCAUUCAACAUCUUAAUUCGCCUAUUGAAAACCACACAAUUGAUCAAUCAAAUCAAUGCACAGAUCAUGACCACAAAAUCUGGUGGCUUAACAAUCUUUGCACCUGAUGAUGGUAGCUUUUCACAGCUAAAAGCAGGGUUCCUCAACUCUCUAGGUGACAACCAAAAGAUAGAAUUUUUACAGUUCCAUGUUCUACCCAUUUAUGUUUCAAGCUCAAAUUUCGAUUCUUUGACCAACCCCGUGAGAACACUAGCCGGUGAUAACCCAAGUAGGUUGCAACUAAACGUGACAGCUUUUGGCAACAAUGUGAAUAUCUCAACAGGAGUGGUUAAUGCUACUGUCACAGGAAUUGUUUACUCUGACAAGGUGCUUGCAAUAUAUCAUGUUGACAAGGUGCUUCUUCCUUUGGACUUCUUCAUACCUAUGCCUCCAAGUCCCGCACCCUCUCUCGCAACAGCACCAAAAACUUCCGGUGACGAUGAUGAUCGAGUUGGAACAUCCAAGGACAGUUCUGGAGCAUUCAGUUUGAUAAGCAUUCAAGGAACAACGUUGGUGUCCAUUGGAGUUGCUUUGGUUGCGUUGCUGAUUAUGUCAAGUUGAAGGGUGUCCAUAACAGACUUAACAUUUGAUGAUUAUUUUGACUUUAUGUUUUUUUCCGGAGCUGCGUAGGAAGAGUGUUGUUUGUCUGAGGGACAUGUGAAUU